AGGUGCCUGGGCGGGGCGCGCCGCGGUUGGCGCCCGGGUGGCGGGGCGGCAGCCUAGUACCCGGAAGAGCCGUCAACUUCGCGAGGCGCAACAGGCUGCUGCAGAGGGGCUGGAGCCGGUGGGUACUCGGCCGCAAUGGACAAGCUGAAGAAGGUGCUGAGCGGGCAGGACACGGAGGACCGCAGCGGCCUGUCCGAGGUUGUUGAGGCAUCUUCAUUAAGCUGGGGGACCAGGAUAAAAGGCUUCAUUGCGUGUUUUGCUAUAGGAAUUCUCUGCUCACUGCUGGGUACUCUUCUGCUGUGGGUGCCCAGGAAGGGAUUACACCUCUUCGCAGUGUUUUAUACCUUUGGUAAUAUCGCAUCAAUUGGGAGUACCAUCUUCCUCAUGGGACCAGUGAAACAGCUGAAGCGAAUGUUUGAACCUACACGUUUGAUUGCAACUAUCAUGGUGCUGUUGUGUUUUGCACUUACCCUGUGUUCUGCCUUUUGGUGGCAUAACAAGGGACUUGCACUUAUCUUCUGUAUUUUGCAGUCUUUGGCACUGACGUGGUAUAGCCUUUCCUUCAUACCAUUUGCAAGGGAUGCUGUGAAGAAGUGUUUUGCCGUGUGUCUUGCAUAAUUCAUGGCCAGUUUUGCGAAGCUUUGGAAGGCACUAUGGACAGAAGCUGGUGGACAGUUUUGUAACUAUCUUCGAAACCUCUGUCUUACAGACAUGUGCCUUUUAUCUUGCAGCAGUGUGUUGCUUGUGAUUCGAACAUUUGAGUGUUACUUUUGGAAGCAACAAUACAUUCUCGAACCUGAAUGUCAGUAGCACAGGAUGAGAAGUGGGUUCUAUAUCUUGUGGAAUGGAGUCUUCCUCACGUACCUGUUUCCUCUCUGGAUGUUGUCCCACUGAAUUCCCAUGAAUACAAACCUGGUCAGCAGCAGCA